UGCAUGCUGGCCUGCCCCACUUUUUCUUGCUUCUUGAUCUUGGGAUAGGAAAGGAAAGUUUUGAGAUCCUAGCAGAGUUGGAAUCUGGUGAAUGCUUUGUGCAAGAUAUAUCAGACGAGACUGCUGCAUAAAUCUUCAAACGCUGGCUCUUGUGCUUUUCCUGAAACCUGGAAAUAGAUUUCAUUGAAAUUAUUUUUGUUGGAGGGUGUUCAACAGCCAGUAGAGCUGUGAGAGAGAGAGAGAAAGGGUGCAGCUGUGAGCUGUAUUCAGUCAUGGGGUUUAUUGGUGACCAGACCUUCAUGCUGUUCAGCCAGUUGAUCUUCUUCUGCGGCGGAUGGCUGUUUUUCCUGCGAUCGCUGUUCAAGGAUUAUGAGGUGCGACUGUGGCAUGUUCAGGCACUGUUCGCGGUCACGUUCAUGCUGUCCUGUGCAAUGUUCGAGCUGCUCAUAGCGGAGAUCCUGGGCAUGAUGGACCGCUGGUCGCGGCGCUUCCACUGGCAUCUCUGCCUGUACUCCAUGCUGUUGCUGCUAAUCGUGGUGCUGCCGUUGAACAUCUGCUAUCUCAUUGUUCGCACGGUGGGGUUUGUGCGUCGUCGUCGCCUACACAUGGUGGCGUCGGGCGCUCUGUGGACGGUGUUCUUCUUCCUGUUCUGGAAGCUCGGCGACCCGUUCCCCAUGCUGUCGCGCGACCACGGCAUACUGAGCAUCGAGCAGCUGGUGUCUCGCGUGGGCGUCAUCGGCGUGACGAUCAUGGCCGUCCUGUCCGGGUUCGGCGCGGUCAACUGCCCGUACACGUACAUGGCGUUCUUCGUGCGUCACGUCACGCCGCUCGACGUGACAAUGCUGCAGCGCAAGCUGUCGCAGACCAUGGACAUGGUCUGCAGCAAGAAACGCCGCCUGGCCACCAUACGCCUGCAGCAGCGGCAGCAGGCGUCGCUGUCUGCCUCCGCGUCAUCGUCAAACUCGCUGUGGAGCAUGUUCUCGUCAAGCGGGUCGGACGGCGGUGCCGGGCAGCUGCAGCAGGAGAUUGACGCCAUGGAGGAGGUCAGCCGUCAGCUGUUCCUGGAGCUGGUCGACUUGAACACGGUGCGCGAGCGCAUCACCUACUCGCGCACGCUUAAAGGCCGCUACUUCGACGUGCUGGGCCACUUCUUCUCCAUCUACUGCAUGUACAAGAUCUUCAUGUGCAUCGUCAACAUCCUGCUGAACCGCGUGGGCAAGACGGACCCAGUGACGCGCGGCAUCGAGAUCGCCGUCGGCUGGCUGGGCUUCAGCAUCGACACGAAGUUCUGGUCGCAGCACAUCUCCUUCAUCCUGGUCGGCAUCAUCGUGGUGACGUCCAUCCGCGGGCUGCUCAUGACGCUGACCAAGUUCUUCUACGCCGUCUCCUCGUCCAAGUCGUCCUCGAUUAUCGUCCUCGUUCUGGCGCACAUCAUGGGUUUGUACUCGGUAUCGUCGGUGCUGCUCAUGCGUAUGAAUGUGCCGCUCGAGUAUCGGAAGGUGGUCACCGAUGUGCUCGGUCAGCUUGAGUUCAGCUUUUACCACAAGUGGUUUGACGUCAUAUUCCUGGUGAGCGCCCUCAGCAGUAUUGGCUUUCUGCUGGUCGCGCACAAGCAGGCGCCCGAGCGCACGGCCGUUAGAUAGCACAGUGUGCCGUGGUGCGUGUGCGCGCGUUUGUGUGCGUGUGUGUUCUACUGUACCCGUGUGUGUGCACGUGUGUGUGUACAUGUGCGUACAGAUACGUCACCUUGGAUAGUACGUCGUGCUGCACGUGUUUGUGUACGUGUGUUCCACUGUGCCCGUUUGCGUGUGUGUACGUGCACGUAUGGAUACGGCACGUGGACAAACACAGAGACGGCGCUAUGACGCUUUGUGUGGUGACGUGUGCAACGGCAAUACACUGCUACCCUGAGGGCAUUAUUUACUCAUCACUGUCGUGGAGUGUGUGCAAGUACGGUAGAUCCUGGCGGAUAUCCUAGCAAAGUUCUAUGCGUGGCCGCUCAGAUCACCGCAUUGCUGGACAGGCUCCGCACGUCAUUCAUCCUAUCUGCAGAGCCUGGACGCACGGCAUUCCGCACACGCCAGUGAGUCGUUUCUCCGCUGUGGCUAGCUGUCGAGCCGCGUUACCAAUCUUUCAUUACGCUACUGUCGUCUCUGUCAACAGUUAACAGUGAAGAGGCUUCUAGCGUACACCCCGCCUGUAAUCAACUGCUUUCCACAAACGCCGUCACAGCUCGUUCCGCAACUCAGCGCAGGCCACAGCCGCGUGUUUGCUCCACAUGGUGUGGUGUGUUGAGUAACUGGUAUUUCUCUAAAAACUACCCGCUAGCUCUGCAAAGGCUAUACUACUCUAACCACCUGGGCUAUCAUUUGGUGGUCUUGUCCGACACUUCCAAGCCCCGUUCAGACAUCACGCUUUUGCGUGAAAGAAAUUCCACCUCUCCAUCACCUCUGCUGUUAUGCCGGAGCGUCUUACUUUGGUCCCACCGGCAUGCGGCGUUGCAGCUUCCUCCGUUUUGUUUCGUUUCUUGAACUGCACUUACUUCUCGCUGAGUUGCUGUGGCCAGCGGUCAUUUUGGGAACGCGUGCAUCCGUAGUACUAUGGUGAUGACCCUCAAUCGGUGUUGAGCCUUCGCCGUCGCAAGCUAUACGUGCCCGAGGCUGUUAUAAUACUAUGACUCAGAUACAUUUUAGCUUAUUCCUAACGCAUUUUUAGGCUCUCUGGUUUUUUUACUCGUCGAUCAUUUUACUACCCGUCUUGAGACUUCAAAGCUUUUUUUAUCAGCCCCCCCCCCCCCCCCUUCACCUCUCCAUGCCCUUAUAAGUUAUAAGUUAUAAGCACUGUCUGCUUGAAUAGAGGUGCGCUGUGCUCCACCAUCGCCACACAGCACAUCCAGACAGUGGUGCUCCACGGAUCAAAUCUUUCUUUAUAUUCCUACUUGAUUCUUCUAUGAACACGAUUAUCUCUUUUCAGAAUUUUCUUUACGUACUGCACGUGUGCCCCGCCGGCACUCAUCA